CACGUCAAAUUGAUCCCAGCUAGCGGCGGGGGCUCCCCGCGAGCGGGGAACCGGCCAGCGCCGCCAGCGAGGCCCGCAGCCGCCGGGCUCCCCGCCGGCCCCCAGCGCAGCCGGGCCAGGGGCAGAGAGGCACCGGGGGGUCGCUGCCCCCCGCGGCUCCCGUGCCCUCUAUGCCGGGCCGGCUGCAGCGCGGCAGGCAGGCGCUGCUCCCUCCGCGGCCGGCGGCGACGCGGCGCAUCCCCGGUGCCGGGCGAUGGAGCAGAGCUACGGCGAGGUGAACCAGCUGGGCGGCGUGUUCGUCAACGGGCGGCCGCUGCCCAACGCCGUCCGGCUGCGCAUCGUGGAGCUGGCGCAGCUCGGCAUCCGGCCCUGCGACAUCAGCCGCCAGCUCCGCGUCUCCCACGGCUGCGUGAGCAAGAUCCUGGCCCGCUACAACGAGACCGGCUCCAUCCUGCCCGGCGCCAUCGGCGGCAGCAAGCCGCGGGUCACCACCCCCAACGUGGUGAAGCACAUCAGGGACUACAAGCAGGGCGACCCCGGCAUCUUCGCCUGGGAGAUCCGCGACCGGCUGCUGGCGGACGGCGUCUGCGACAAGUACAACGUGCCCUCGGUCAGCUCCAUCAGCCGGAUCUUGCGGAACAAAAUCGGGAACCUCUCCCAGCCCGGCCCCUACGACGGCAGCAAGCAGCCGCCGCCGCAGCCCGCCCUGCCCUACAACCACAUCUACCAGUACCCCUACCCCAGCCCCAUGGCCUCGCCGGCCGCCAAGGUGGGCGGCCACCCGGGAGCGCCCGUCACGGCGACCCAUGUCAGCAUCCCCCGCUCCUGGCCGUCGGCUCACUCCGUCACCAACAUCCUGGGCAUCCGGACCUUCGUGGAGCAGACGGGGGCUCUGUCCGGCAGCGAGGGGUCUGCCUACCCCCCAAAAAUGGAGGACUGGCCCGGCGUGAACCGAACGGCCUUCCCGCCGGCCCAGGGGGUCAACGGCAUCGACAAAGCCGCCGUGGAGGGAGAUAUCAAAUACCCGCAGCCUGCCGCGGGGCUCUCCGCCGUGGGCGGCUUCCUCCCGGCCUGCGCCUACCCGGCCUCCAACCAGCACGGCGUCUACGGCGGGCCCGGCGGCGGCUACCUGCCCCCGGGCCACCACUGGCCGGCCCAGGGCAACCCCCUGGCCCACCAUGGGCCCGGCGUGGCGGUGCACGGGGGCGACCUGGCCGCGGCGAUGGCUUUCAAGCACCCCGGCAGGGAAGUUGUGGACAGAAAACCUGCCAGCCCUGUAGGGAAAUCUCCGGAUUCUCUAAACACUAUCCAUGGACUUUCUAUCCCAGCCUCCUCUUCCUAGAGCCUGCAGAGCAUCAGUCAAGAGACAGUGAGUUUGGAAUAAGCACCUGCAGCUUUGAAACUAUAACUGAAGCCUGAAGUGCUACUGCAUCCAACAGGUGCCUGUGGAGAGAGCAGAAGUGGCUGGUUUGAAGCAAGCUCGGGCAAAAGAGGUUAUGUUCUUCAAUGGCAAAUUCAUGCACAAGUGAGUGUGAUCUGGACAUUCAUCCACACUGCCCUGAGGGAAACAUUAACCCCGAUCAGAUUGGAAAGGGAUGACAGAAGAGAAUCAGUCUUCCUUCCUUCUUUCUUUCUUUUUGUCUUUUUUUCUUUCAUUUUUUCUUUCUCCUUCCCACUGUCCAUGAAGACCAUUGGAUAGAGAGCAGCAAAUAUCUCUGUCCCAAAAUUAUUGUUUGAAGCAUCCCAGGCUUUAUCCUAGCCCAAGGGAGCACACUUCCUCCAGGGAGGGGUAUUUGGUUUUCGAAAGCCACAGCCAGACAGACUGUGCUAUGAAGCAUUAUCCUUGCAAGUCUUUCAGUGCCUCUGUCCCAGAGUGUAAAUGGACAAAUAUGCCACAACAUUUUAUGAUAUAUUUUUAUAAUAACAAACCUUAAUAAAAAGUGACUACCAUGGGCGCACACUGCUGAAUUCCUUCCCUGGUGCUGUGGGCCCUUGGAGUCUGAUUAAACACCACCAGCUUCUUCCAGCUUCCCUGAGCCUCAGAUUACAUCCUUUGGUUGCCUCUGCAUGGCAGAUACCCAGUGGGACCUCUGGGGGCACUUCGCUGGGAGGCACCACUUUUUUCUUGAUCUAUAUUUC